GGGUCAUUGUAAAUUUUGUAUCAUUUUGAAUUCACCUCUAUCUUUUUAAUCUGGGGGUUAAAUUACCCCCACGUUUCAAAGGUCACAGACUGUAUUCCUGAGGUUUGCUUUUAGAGGCUGUUCUUGGCUGCGCUAGCAUUGGACAGAGCGCAUUUGCUUGGACUGCUGCCAUUUCCAAAUUUAAGUCAGGUCUGUCCUGUUAAAAGACCGGAGGGAGACACCGUCUCACAGAGUCACUGGCAAGUCAGUUCUUUUCAAAGGAAAACUGUUCAGAAAGGAAAAUUCAUGGAUUUCACAAGCACAGUCAUCAUCCCGCUGCUUUUUGGCAGCUUGGGGAUCUUUGCCGUUUUUAGGCUACUGCAGUGGAUGCGGAUGCGAGCUUACCUUCAGGAAGCGGUGGUCGUAAUCACAGGGGCUACCUCUGGCUUGGGAAAAGAAUGUGCGAAAGCCUUCCAUGCAGCUGGCUCCAAGCUGGUGCUCUGUGGCAGAGACAGCGAGAAACUCAAAGACCUGAUGCAGGAGCUUUCUACCAUGACCAAUCACCGAAAGAACACACACAAACCUCACACUGUGGUAUUUGACCUCUCGGACACUAAAACUGUCCUAAAUGCUGCUGAAGAGAUCCUGAAGUACUUGGGUCACGUGGACAUACUGAUCAACAAUGCAGGCAUCAGUUUCCGAGGCACAAUUGUGGACACAGGACUGGACGUGGAUAAGAAAGUGAUGGAAACAAAUUACUUUGGUCCCAUAGCCCUCACCAAAGCACUUCUCCCCUCCAUGAUCAAGAGGAGACAAGGCCACAUUGUGGCCAUCAGCAGCGUUCAAGGCAAAAUAAGCAUUCCUUUCAGAUCUGCAUAUGCUGCCUCUAAGCAUGCUACCCAGGCCUUCUUUGAUUGUCUACGAGCAGAGGUAGAGCAGUAUGACAUUGAUGUGACGGUUGUAAGCCCUGGAUACAUUCAGACAAACCUCUCUCUCAAUGCUGUAACAGCAGAUGGAUCUCGCUAUGGAGUUAUGGACAAGAACACCGCCGAAGGACAGACAGCCGCAGAGGUCGCUCAGGUGGUUCUCAAUGCAGUGGGACAGAAGAAGAAGGAAGUGCUUGUAGCUGGCCUAACGCCCUCCCUGGCUGUCUACCUGCGAAACAUCUUCCCCAGGCUCUUCUUCACCUUAAUGGCAGCUAGAGCAAAAAAGGAGAGAAAAGCAAAGGACUCUUAGAGCUCAGCUCAUUCGAGCAGUAACUGUAGGGAGAGGCUGACCCCCUGCAGUUUGGCUGGGACAUCAGUGGAGGUGCUCCUGCAGGAAAAACCUUUCUCAAAAUGCUGCAAUUUACCAUUGCAUGGAGAGUGGGAAGCGGUUUCCCCCACAUGAGGGCAGGCCCGCUUGGUGGAAGACAGCAACUAAACCUCACCUGAAGAGGGGUGCUUGGACAAAGGGGGAGAGCUGAGGCUGCAGGGGAGGGUAACUCAAGGGAAGACCCUUCGGAGCAGGGGAGGCCCAUGUGCUGGAAGACAGCACCUUACCUUACCUCACCUCACUCCAGGCAUGCUCAGCUUUACUGCCCUGCUACAAAUACAGCCCACCUGGUUUGCCUUCACACGAACAGAUCUCAGCUUUCCCCACCCCACGGCCCCCCUGAAAUGCAGUCCUUGGCUAGGAGCUCUCAUGAUCAGUGUCUCCUUCCCACUCCUUCCAACCUGAUCCAGAACAUGUUGCUUGAAAUGGGAAGCUUCACAGAGCCUCUGCUUGUUAACAUGCAAAUCAGAUGUCAAGCUAAAGUCAAGUCCAGUGCCACUUUUAAAGUAACUGAUGUAAAAAUGUAGGUUUUAUUUGGCGAUUAUUUUAUCUGAAUCAUGCCUUACUGAUGUACGGGGACAUUUAACUCUGGACUACCUGACAGUACAGUAUUAACCCCAGACAAGUGAAUGCAGGGAAGCACUGAGCAGAUGGAAUGCAGCACAGCAAGGUAUGCUCUUGGGUGUAAAUCCUGUGCAGCUGAUAGUGGCACACCUGGUCCACCUGCAGGCCUAGAGCACAGUGUAUGUGCAAUUCUGUAGGUGCCAGGCAAGCGGAGGAGAAUCUGUGCACGCUGGGUGGACAGUAUAGGAGAUAGCCCCUUAGUUCUCAUCUGUUUUAAAGUAAUCACAGAUGCUAAUUAGGAUCACAGCCAGCGGGGGAAUGAUACCUGCCUGGUAUCACAGGUUUCAGGGAGUCUGACAGCCUGAGGGAAUGCCGUGUUCCAUUCUUUACCCCUUCUCCUCACGUUGUGAGGGAUACAGCACCACUACGGAAAAGGAGUGGCUGCACAGAGAUCGUUCAAUAAGGACAGAAAUAAUCUUUUUUUAACUUGUAAUUGAAAGAAAGCCUACUAAUAGGAACCAAGCUCCAGAGCCCUGCUGCCGCCUCCAUGCACUUACCAGCAUUUUCCAUGUGUACUGCCUUGUAUGUCCUGCCUGUGAGUGCACAUCUGAUGACAAAUAAAUUACAUUGCUAUGAAAUUAAUCCUUUGUUCUACUUCAGCUCCUCACAGCAGGUAAAAUUAAAGGGAAAGCAGGAGGGUUUUGUUUUUCUUUUCUUACAUUCCUGCAAGGUUCUACUGUACCAGUAGGAGAUGCAGCACAACAUACUUCAUCCCAGCCCUCUUUACAUCAUCUGCUUUACAGGAGACAGUGUGCAUCCACACAGAGGAUCAGUCAUACUGAAAUUCUGAUACAGGUGUGCAGGCUCAGCAGGACCUUCUCCUUCGCAACGCCUUUUCCUGACCACUACAGAUUUAUAAGUGAUCUCGGAAUCCAUUCCAGGUGAUGACCAGGACGUGUUUAAUGAUCACAAUGCUGCUGCUCGGUUAGGACAUCCUCUGCCGUUUCACUGUGGCUGAGGUUGCAGAUGUGCUACGUAAAGGCCUAGGGCUGAAAUUGUAAGUUGAAGCUUUCAGGUGUAUAUAUCUUUUUUUCCCCUGUUAUGGUAGGAAACCAAGACAUUACCUUCCCUCCCUUGCCGCAAGGGGAGUUCCUGUAAGCAUUAGUUGUGCUUUUCCUUUCACAUUUUGCGUGUUCAGGUCCUCCAUUUCUUGGCAAAAUACAGUACUCCUGCCAGUCUUGUCCAGCUGCUCUGUCUUCUGGUGUUUCAGGUCACGGCCACCCAGGAAGGACCAAGGGGCUACUUUGCAUUUCUGUGUUAUCAUCCAGGGAGCUGAGGGGUGGAACAUGUCAGGCCUGAGGAAAAAAGUUGCAUGUGGGGAGUUACAGUAGUUACUGUUUGAGCUACAGCUCCAAGUCAGCGGUUACUGGGAGUGCGCACAUUCCCCUUUGAAAGAAAAUACCCUCUCUGACAAGAGGACCGUAGCACACUCCAUUUCAGAGCACCCCCACGAUGGUCAGGAUGGGCAGCAAAGGCUUUCGAAAGGGAGGUUUGUCCCCAGCCGCUGUAACCCACAGCCGUGGCGCGGGGGAAGGCAGGUAACAGCAACCACCUCAUGGAAACGCACUGAAACACACGACCCUCGAGACCCCUCUCAUCCUCCCAGGUCACCUUGCAUAUUACAGCACUGACUUACUAAUAACCAGGAUCUCACCGAGCAUUUCAGCUACAUUAUCACUAAUACUUCUUGGAAAACAAACCCCUCUAACCCCCCAUAUGUGUCCUCUCCACCUCAGAAUGGAGCAAAAAGGUGCAUUUUUAAAACAGACCUACCUGUUGUGAGAGCUCAGCUGACUUUUCACCUUUUCUCCUGCAAUAAGAGACCACAGGGAACUCACUUAUUUUUAACUCCGGAGUCUUUGAUGCAAACCACGCGUUUAGGGAGCCUACCAAGGGUUAGUCUUCUGCCAGUGAUUAUUCCAGGCAAGGGAAAGCUUAAUACAAAAAAAAGUGCGAAGACCACAGAGGUUUGGUGAAGAAAAAGAACUAACAGCCCUGAAAAUUAUUCAGCAUUGAUUAAAAAAAAGAGCAGGAACGUCUUUUGUGUGGCCAGCACAAGGAUAUUUCGGGGCUGCCUGCAGCAAUAAAGUACGUAUUAGCUAUGGCAGAUCUGCCACUAGUUUAAAAUUCAUCCAGCAGACGGGACUUUAGAAACAAACAAUGUCAGGGCUCGAAAGGCAGCCUGCCCAGCGGUCUUGGCCUAACCGCAGCGAGAUGAAGUAGUUGCAUUUCUUCCCCUCCUCUCUGCCAAGGCAACUGUACAUUGUUGCUAUAAAUAGGGACGCUCCAGAUCCCAGCUUCUUUUAACCUUGGAGGGAGACAACUCGGCCACUGUACCAGCAAAAGAGGCAAAGGGUUGUUGCCACCUAGAAGUGUCUCGAUGCCACAGGAGUUUCCUCCAGCCCAUGUGCCUGCUCAGGUACGGCUGCCUCUGUGGGAGGUAAAAGUACUUGCUCAGAACUCCCAGCAAACCCUGUCUGCCCAGCAGGCACACGACGGGGACGCACGCCCCGCUAACAAAAGCUGCAUCAGCAGAAAAGGACCAGUUGGAACCGCAGCCAGAAAAGCCCGCUGCAGUCUGGAGGAGAGGAGGAGUGCCUGCCGUCGCAAUUUGGAAAGAUAAAGAUAGAACUACUGAAUUUGGUGUCUGACCUCAUGACUCCCUUCCAAGGUCAGCGCUUCAGCUGUGGAGGUCAGACUGCGACUACCACUGAAGCAAGCAGCACGUACACCUGCGUGCAGGCAGUUUUUAUUACAGGGCUUUGCUCUCGUAUUCAGAUCAUAACACUUGAAGC